AUGGAUUUAGCUGAGAGUUUAGAAAACUUUCAUAUUACGAGUCCUGAGAAGGUCAAUACUGUAAAGCGAUCAAACGGAAAUUUCGAAGAUUUCAUCAACAGUGAUGAUUUCGAAGAUCAAAACGAACAACCUGGUAUAGCAAUCGAACGUCCGACGCUUGAGAAAGUGCAACUUAAAAAGACUAAAAAAGCUGAACUUAAACCAUAUAAAGAAAAUGAAAACCCAUUGCCACAGCAAUUUGGUUCUUUCCUUAGCAAAAUGGACGAUUGGUCAGUCAACUACGGUACAGUAAAAGCUUUGAAGGAGGAUUCGAAAACAAAUGGGACCAUGGCGCAAAGGUUAAAUAACUUGGAUGAAGGAAACGAUGCUCCACAGGCUCAGUGGAAAAAUUAUUUACUCAAACCAAAGCAAAAGAGUGACCAAUCUGCGAAAGAUGUAUCGGAUUUAAUUGUGACAGCAUCAUUAAGUGAUCUUUCUUUAAUUCCUGCAGAUACAUUCAAGAAGAAGGAAAGGAACGAUCUCAGUAGUCUAAGUCAUGAAACUGAUCCUGCACGAGAAGCAAAAUCAGUCUUUAAAAAUGUUCUGAAAAACCAAAGAUCCAAUUAUUUCAGGGACAAUGAUACCCUAACCACUCAGAAUACUAAGAAUUCAAAUGGUGCCAACCAGCCAUAUCAGACAAGGAACUACAUAAAUUCAGACUUCGAGUCCGGAUCCCGUCCCGUGUCUGGAUCAGAAGAUUUUGAAUCGGGUUCUGAUUCAAGUUCGGAUUCUCUAUCCGAACUGAACCCAUCGAAUCUCAACUCACCUAGUCCUAAGCCUAGAAUUGUAACGAACACCAGAAGGUUACCUCUGAUAACUCCAGAAGAUGCUGGGUUAGUAUUUGAUCAUGAAACUGGACUAUGGGAUAAACAACGUAUGAUAGCCGCUGCUGAUUCCAAUAUAUCGGAAAACAGUACCGGCUCAUUUGUUAUGGAGGAAGAUUCGACAACAACUAAUUCGAAUUCGAAUUCUCAUUCUAGUCUAAAACCCAUUUCAGAUUCAUUCAAACGAGACCCUACCUUGGACAAUUGUAUAGAUACUCAAAUUCCGGUCAUUGCAACGGCCAAUAGUGAAAUUGAAAGUGGGUUAGAUGAUGAAUAUUUAGGAAGCAACGUAACAUUAAACACUGUUACUGAUGACACCCCAUUGAGUACACCCAAAUUCAAUAGAAACUUUUAUCAAAAAGAUACGGAUAAGCCAAUGACUCGUUAUCCUUCUUCAUCACUGCACAAAGAACUGUCGAACAUUCAUUCUCAGGGCACCGCCAAUAUUGCUGAUAUAACUAGCAUUAGCCGGAUGGAUACUUCCUACGAUCUUACCAAGAGAGAAAUUGUAUCGAGAUUAUUAGAGAUUGAACCCAACCCAACCAAUUGGCAGACUCUGUACGAAGUAGAUCUAUCUGAUCAAGCAAUAAAGGACUCCUGUACUGGUAUUGAUGAAUUAUUGCCGAAUUUAAUCAACCUCGAUGUGUCUAACAAUGAGUUGAUAUCGUUACAAGGCAUACCUAAUCAUAUACAAAGUUUGAAUAUUUCUAAUAACAAGCUAAGAUCGCAACUUCUACAAUUUCAAGACUUACCGCAUGUCGAACAUUUGGAUCUUUCAGACAACAACCUAAGUGCAUUGCAAGAUCUUAGGUUCACUGCUCCGUUGUCACAUCUACACUACGUGGACGUUUCCAAUUGCGGUAUUGUAUCUUUGAUGGGCCUUCCAAAAUUCGCCAAAGUUGAUACGAUUAUCGCCAAGGAUAACAAAUUGAUAGGUUCCAUAGACUUCAAGCAAUUGUGCGAAACUUCUCCUAUACCGUGGCAACAUGUGACAAAACUUGAUUUGUCAAAUAAUAGGAUCACAAAUCUCAAAAACCUACAUUAUUUGGUCAGUUUGAGAGUGUUAAUAUUAGAUGGUAAUUCGAUUGAACAAUUGCAUAGUGGCUCAUAUCAUCAAGGUUCUAGGAGUCGUGUUGGAAAGAAGAUUGAAGUAGGAAACCCCGAAUUGCGUUACCUAAGUAUCAAAGAUGGCGGUGUCCCUGUACACUCCUUUUCCGGGUUUCCUAACCUACGAAUCUUACGAAUUACUGUGGCGAUGGACAGCAUCAAUAUUGAAGAGAAUGCAAUCGAUUCACAUAUGACAAAUAACAAUAAUAGCGAUAUAGAGAGUCCUAACUACAAUGCAUCGUUGAUACCAUUAUCCGAACGAUUCCCCAUGUCAUUCCCAUUGGAGCAACUGGAAAUCCUUGGGAUGCCUCAUUCAAGUCCGCGUCAACCAUCAAAGCAAAUGUUUGGAACUUCCACUAAUGGUAGAAAGCAAAAGCUUGGUUCCGAUCCAAACUCAUCAUCAGCAUGGGAAGGUUUCGAGUUCCCACCACAGCUUCGUCGGGUAACCCUACGCUCAUUAGGACUCACAAGAGUCCCACAAACGCUCACGAAUAACACGGGUCUAAGCUCAUUAGAUAUGCAAGGUAAUAACAUCUACUCCGCACAAAUAUUAUUGCCUUCACUCCCGUGUAAUUUACUCCGAUUAAAUAUACUACAGAACCCUGUGCUAGAAGAACCUUUGCGUGGUACCGACAAAAUAAAUACUGGGAGCGGCACUAACCAUGAUUUGGUGGUGCAUCAACGCAGAAACAAGGACUUACUCCGUCUUUUACUCCACUGGUGCCCCGCCCUUGUGGAGUGUGACCUCUGUACGGAGGGGUAA